CGCAGAAAUUGUUAUUGGCAUUAAUAAGAAAUGUUUCCACUAAAUACGAAACAAUUUUUUCUGCUGCAUUCCUGGAUGUAAAGCGUAAUAUUCAAGGUUAUGACGAAGCGGUUAGCACUGUUGGUUCUGGGAAACCUCAAGCUUCCAGAAAUAUUUCUUCUGUUUGUAUCGCUCUCAGGACUAUCAUUUCCUUACUCAGCUAUCAGUCAGUGCCCUAUAAGGGUUUUCUCGCAGCACACAUCAAGAACAUUUUACAAUAGUGCUGGUGAAGUGUUUCAACAAGAUGCAGGUGCCUGGAUCACUCCACUGGACUAUUUUGGCAUACAGCCAUUCAGUGAUAUACCCAUAACUGCCUCAGGUCACAUGGCUGUAUACGUAUCACCUGCUAGUGACAUAGAUUUGCUGACCUCUUCCCUCAGUCCCCUUUUACCAAUUCAAGAUGGUGGAGACAGAGUUGUGUACUUUAUUUACUAUUCUCACUGUACUGAUGUGGGGCCCUGGGAACUAUUGCUUGAACUUCUGGACAACUCUCGGCUUAUUAGAAGAAAACAAACUCAACGUCCCGUUGGUGAUCGAUACCUGAUAUUCGACUGCUUGCUGCUCCAGAGUAAACUGACAUGAAGUAAAAUUAGAGGAGCCAACAAGCGUGGUUUGAAAUUGUCAUCACUUAACCGGAAAUUGACAAAUUCAGUUGACGCCUCCAUCUUUCAGGAUGCCUCAGCCACAAAUUGUUUUCCUAUUAGUGAUGUUAUUUGGGGUACAAUGCUUAGGUAU